AUCUAAGAGGACAACCGCUUGUAAGAGAGACGGAGGGCACAGAGUUAGACGCAACUUUCCCAGUGAGAUGAGAGCGAUCGUUGGCAAAGACAGAAAAUCAAAAAUUUUAGAUAAGAAAAGACAAGGAAAAGUUGGUGAAUGGACCUCAAGCUAGGAGAAAAAUACAAAGAUUUGUUUUUGAGUUGAAAGUCAGGUCUCGUGAGAAACAAGUCUUCCCUGGUUUGCAAAUCGAUCGAAAAAACGAAACAGAGAAAACGCGUAGUAGCAUCAAAAUGAAUCGUCGAUUUUACGUCAUUAGGUGGUUGAAUACUGCCCAGAGGCUUAGGAUAAGCGAGAAUUGUAGACCCAGGUAACAAAAUCGUUUGCGGUGUUUUAGUGCCUGGCCGUCGUGCUUCAGGCUUCCCGCGGGGUAAUUAAAUGGAACUGUAGCGGGAAAAUGUAGACCCAGGCAACAAAAAAAAAUACGGCGACCGGCAUGGCAUGCAAGCACGUAGAACCCACGAACGAUAACAACGCCACGAGGGCAUAACAACAAGAGAAGCAGGAAGGGCCUAGCUUAGUGUUGUUCCACCAAUGCAAUGAUAAAGCUGGAGACUGCUUAGCGAUUCUUCGUGGGCCGGCUUACAUUAACGCGCAUGGAUCUCUUUAACGUAGUGGCUCCGCUUUUCGCGCCGUGAGUUCGCCCGUGCAUCACGCACAUAAUCACUAAUCUUAGCAGAGGCCUGGCCACCGAACUAGCGCGUCAUGUGUUCGCUUCGACGGGUUUAGCUUGGCUCUCUGGGGGUUCAUCAGAUAUUGCCCAUCAGGGUUUUUACUUAGCGCAGUAGGUCGGUCAUAGCGGUUGCCGUCGUGCUUAACCAUUUGCAUAGCUUUAUUGCCUGGCCGUCGUGCUUCAGGCUUCUCGCUGGGUAAUUGAAUGCUCGUAGUGCGGGAAUUUGUAGACACAGGUAAAAAAAAGGCCUGUAGCACAUGAAUGAAUGAAUGAAUGAACGUUGUCAGACUCGAUACUAAGACGUUAAUCAACGGCGUGAGAUAGAAGAAUGUCUCAAGGACUUUGCCUUUCGCAUUACCAUGAAUUGAAAAAUGGUGUAGCUAGGCUCCUCUAGAAACACGUUCUUGUUCGAAAUAUAAUGAUGAUUUAAUGUUGAUGGUUUUCAAGUAGCAGCUCUGAAAAUAUGUCGAGAAGUUGCAGAGCAGACAGAUUCCCGGAAAUGCUGCGAUAAAUCGUAGGGCAACGCAUCAUCUUCAAGCGCUUUCAUGCGUCGCUCACGUAUAUCUCCGAUUCUGCUAGUAUCGAAUCGACCCUAGGAGGAAAUGCGACUUCUAACGCACGAGAGAGGCAGCGAGGUGCGUUCGAGAGGCUCCGCAUGUCAGUUCUCAUGCGAGCAAUCGGAGCGCGAUUUGGAAGAUGUGGGGCAGUCUUCCGGUUCGAUACCGCGCCUGCUGAUGAAAGAUCCUCUAGAAUGGACAGGAACAGAAGUAGCGUGUUGGCUACAAUGGCUUGGUUUAGAACAUGUCAGCAAAUCCUUCCGCCACUUCGAUGGGGCUGGGUACUUUUGGCUUCUUGUGAUUGUGGACAAGUCACAGUUUAGUUGUGGUUCUUACUUGGUGAUGAACUCGGUAGGUUUCCAUUUACAAGUGGUUUAGCAAGUGGUUUAGAAGCCACUGAAAAAUCAGUUGUUGCGUACGUGUUUUCUAAAACUAUCAGGCUUAUCGAGUUGGCUUCAGCAAACGGGAUCCGAGGAGACGGAACAACAGACCCCGCUUGGCGAAAGCUGACAAUUGCGCAACGCGAGACGCUGCAGCAAGCGAUCGUGCCAUUGUUGCAGUACAACAGCGGCAGCGCAUCCCCUCCUCCUAGUCGUGGUGUCGACAUUGCGGAUCUUGCUGGAAUAGAUACAUUUUCGAGCAGGAGACUUACGUACUACGUCGAGGACAGCACUAGCAGGGAAUCGUCAUCGAGUAGAAUGAGAUCUUCCUUUAGCAGAAACGAACAGUCAGAUGGUGCUCCAUCUGCAGAAGCUGUAGGACCCAAUAUUUGUAGAGCAAUCGCGCAAGAGGGUGGCGCAUCUUCGUCGUCAGGUUCGCGUCGGCUCGUCUUGAAGGUGAUAGAGGGCCCGCUCAGUGGCGCUUCCUUUGACCUUGAUUCCAGUAAAGAAGUGACAGGAGGUCGCCAUUCUGCGAACAAUGACAUAGUUCUGGCAGAAUCGUUCAUUUCUAGGAGGCAUUUUGCAAUCUGGAGCUGUGACCGGUCAAAAGCCGUCUCGCCGAGCAAGAGGAAGCGAAAUCUUGAGAGUACCCGUGGCUACCAUCAGGACCCGUUUAUUGUUCCCGGAACAACGUCUCCACCAUCGAAGCGGCAUUUGCAGAAUAUGGAGACGACUGCCGAAGUAGAUAGCGGACGCUCUUCGCGAGCCGGGUCGCAGACGUUGGAGCCUCUGCCGCAGUGCCAAUGGCUUGUGCGUGAUUUAGGCUCCACGACUGGUACAUUCCUGAUGGUGCGAGACCAAGUGGUUCUUGCGGACGGCAUGAUUGUUCAGGUAGGCGCAACAGAAUUGCGCGUUGCAAUAGUCGAAACACGCACACUUGAAGAAAUUUUCGGGCCACUAGGCAGCGGCGGAAAGCAGACAUCGUGCUCGAGUCAGGAGGAAGAGGAAGAGCUGAUGUUUCAGACUGCAAUAGGUGCGAUACCGCGCGGCUCCAGACAUGCGUCCUCAUCUCCAUCGAAAGCAAAGGGAGAAAAAGGGCGAUGUAAGCACUCAGGUGAUACGACACUUCUCCUCUCAAUAGCUGCGCCAGGAUGCGAAGUCGACGACCAAUCGGCAGAUCGACGCGUGGCUGCUGACAUCGCUGGCAGCUACCGCCUAGCAGACGAUGACGCAGCCAUUGAGUUACCAACGGUCUCCAAAGGCAAAACUGUCAGGGUAGUCCCACGCCGCACCGUUUAUCUCACUGGGUCUCCGACCCCUCCUUCUGCUGCUGGCGCAACUACGAGCUCCUCCACCAGAGGUAGUGGUGGUGGCAAAGUGCACGACCGUGGAAAAUCCAUCGGGGCAGACUCGAGCGGUUUGGGUGCGUCGGACGACCAGCGUGGUGUAGUCUCGAUUGGCCGUGACGCAGCGAAUGCUUUAUCUAUUCAGGAUUUGCAGCUCAGCAGCUUUCAUGCCGCGAUCGAGCGCGAUUGCGUUUGCAGUAGUCCUUCUCGUAGAUGCGGCAGUGCGGUGUCGUCGCCUGAGAAGAGUAUUUAUUCGAUGUCGUCUUUGCCUUUCUUAUUCGAGGUCGUGACUAGAACUGGAACUUUACCACUCGGAAUGUGUUGAUGUCUAUCAUCUGAAGAAGAAAGCGCCCAUAAUUGAAUAAGGAAUAGUGCUAGGACGAGACUCCGUCUGCGGACCACGGACCUUACUCUUUCUUAUUUCAGGUGGCAAAUGCCGCAAUCGGUCACAGUUCGUUUUGACUGAUCGCUUUUCGACGAAUCGCAGUUGGUUGCGCCUUUCAAAGGACGGGGAAUUCUCACCGCCUUUCCGUUUUCGGGUGGGUGACGUGCUAAAAGUUGGGAGUUCCUUGCUGAUGCCCUUCGAGCCGUCACAGCUAUUGGAAGAAUCUGGAAUAACGAAGGCAACGGAUGCUGAAGAUGUGAUAUUGUCUGAACAACUAGGUAGUUUAGGACGUCCACAGGUUGCUGAUGGUGAGCGGGCUGGUGAUCGCGGUCGAGGGCGCAGUUGUGCCGCCGGUUCCAGUGCGUCAUCCUCAUUUUUCGAGCCGCAUCAAGAUCAGGCGGAAGCGAGACAGGACGAGCGACGGAGGAGUAGUAAUCGUGGUGUGCUCGAAGACCUUGUGGCCGAAAACGAGAGGUGGAUCGAGACUGUAGCGGCGAGAGGGUUCCCUGGCACAUCGACGGCGUCUGGCGGCGGGUUGUCGUCUUCUAGUAGUAGUACACGGGAAGACGUGCCAGCUUCUAGCUCUACUAGGACAAACGGCGGUUCGGACGUGCGAGAGCAAGUUACCUCCGGCAACAACUUUCUAGACGUUAUUGCUCCGCGAGACGGGGACUUGUAUUCAACUUGCGUUGAUGAAUUCCAGUCGUUGUCCGCUGCUGGAUCCAUAGAACAAGGGAGUGGAAGAGGAACAAUAUCUAGCGCAAAUGAGCAGGAUCCACCUUCGUCUGGUUCCAACAGUAUUGCUCAAACAGCCCAGACGGGAUUCCUAAGUGUGGGUCGAGGGCCAUCCGCAAGUGCGACAUCUCCAGGAGCGCCUUCAGUUGUUGAUGCGUCAGCGGCUCGUGUGCCGUCAAGUGGUACAUCUCUUGUGGAUGUAGAGUCGUCCACUACCCGCAUCGGAUUAGGGGACGAACAUCACGCUGCGAGUGUUCCGACAGAACCACCAGAUCCCAGUAGUAUGAGAAGCCUGAACGAGCGCAUGACAGACGCGAUCAUGAAUGUCUUUGAUCCAGGCAUCACCUCUGAGCAAUUUUUGCUAGAAACGGAGACCCGCGAGCAGCAGCGACUGUGGAAUGAGGCACGGGCGCGACAUCGACGAGGACGGCAGCAGGAGCGUGCGGAGAGGGAAGCGGCAGCUCUUGCCGCGCAGAAUAUUAGGACCGGUUCUUCUCAAACGGUAGAGAGUGGCAGUGAAGGUAGCCGAGGCACUUGCUCAGGCAGUGUUGUUGCUUUACCCGCGGAAGGGACGGUAUGUCCUUCUUCGAUGAGAGAGAAUAGCUCCGACACGUCAGCAAUAACGAGUACUAGUGCAAGGCCUCCAUUGUUACCGUCACAACACUACGCAGUCGAGGGGGCAACAGGCUCACGAGCUGCAGAUAGUACUGAUACCAACGCCGCAGGUUCUUCAACACAGCCGCCCCUGGCACUAGGAACGCACGUGAGAAACUACAGCAUUGCUUUCGGCACAGGCCUGUACAAUAGCAGCACUACAACUGGCGCAGGUUCGCAGCGCAGUACGUUCGGUGUUAUUCUUGACACUGCAGCAGCGACCGCACCUCGGACACCAGAGUCCACGAGAGGUAUCUCCAUAUCUUUGUCGGUGAAUGGGGAUCGGGCGCCUAGACAACCAGGCCCAAGGCCUGCUGGCGGACGGCAAGAUGCACAAUCGCAGCAAAGGACGUCGAGUGAUUAUGGGACGGGUACUGUCGAAGUCAGCAACCUGGACGGAGCCCCCGGCUACCAAAAACUGCAACAGCGAGAAGAUGAAAAUCUUUGUAAAAUUUGUUUUGACGCUGAAUUGAAUACUUGUCUCUACCCCUGCGGUCAUGUCGUGUGCUGUCAGAGAUGCUCGACGCAAAUUACUGAGUGCCCUGUGUGCCGAAAUUCUAUUGGAGAAGUGAUAAAGCUUUACAGGGUGUGA